AUGGUUUCCGACGAGACGUAUGAGAUCUGCCUGCCAGUCCUGCAGGACUCGGCCAUAGAAGAUGAGGACAAGGCGGACAAGCUGGAGGAGCUGCUGAGGAAGGAGACGACGCUGACCGGUCAGUCACUGGACAAUGCGGUAUUGGACGUGCUCUGGCGCUUCAAGGAGGGAGGUGGUAAUAGCGCCUCUCCUCCCGUGAUCCGGCAGACCAUCCUGAGGCGGCCGUCGCCAGCCUCGUUCAGGAGCACAGCAACGCCCCUCUCCGGCUCACCGCGUCUCGGUGUGAGCCCUCUCGCACCGCCAGGCUUCGCUCCUCCUUUCAGCCGUACCCUCUCGUCUGCCGCCUCCCCCUUCUCUUCACCUCGCCCCUCGCCACGACUUGCCUUCUCGACGCCAGCGAUACCGCACAGCCCGAACCUGAAUGCCUACGAGUUUGCGAACGACACUGAGCCCUCGCAUGAGACGUUCGAGGACUAUACCUCUGAUAAUGUGGACUGGCUCGUGGCCGACGACGCCAUUAGUGUAGCCUCUUCUUUCGGCACAGCCAGCGGUCUCAACGCCGCCGCGCCCGAGUUCUCCUCCCAGCAGGCUCCGAUGAGGCCGCAUGAUGUUCUGCGGUCGAUCCUCGGCGAGUCGCGGACGGAUGAGGAGAUCAGCCAGGCGCUUGUUGAGAACGGCUACGACCUUGGCGCAGUGCUCAUGUCCAUGAUGGACUCGCAGGACACGCCCCCGGCUUCUUCGGCAGACACCAAUGGCUACCUAGUCGGCAAGUCUAUGACCCCAGACGCCCGCCCGACGACCCCGGCAGACCAGAAGUCAGGGGUGAUCUGCAAGUUCUUCCUGUCGUCUGGUAGCUGUAUGCGCGCGGACUGCCGCUUCAGCCACGACCUGAGCGGUCAUAUUUGCAGAUAUUGGCUCGCUGGAAACUGCCUGGCCGGAGAGACGUGCAUCUUCUCGCACGAUCCGGCUCAUCUCAUGAACAAGCUGAACGUCGAGGGCACGAGCACCCCUCCGACGCAAAAGUCGCCUGCCAACAUCCAGGUUCAGGACUACUCUAGCUUCCCAUCGCUCGGAUCCUUGAAUCUGGACGCGGUCCCUAGUUUUACUCCUUCUGUUGGUAUCGCACCGCCGCCAGGCUUCAAGAACAUCCCAGGGGAGCCGCGUUCGCGGUCUCGCCCGGGUAGCCGACAUCAACAGAACAAGGAGGCCGCGGCCGCCCAGGCAGCCCUCUUGCUCGAUGACAAUGAAGCCUUCCCAAGUCUUGGUUCUGCCUCGGCCAAGCAGGGCAAGAAGCACCACGGUAAGCGGGGUGGUCAUGGACACGGGACCAAGGAAACGUACACUCCGAGCUCCCUCGCCGACAUCGUCAAGAUGGCUCCAUCGCCCGGUCCAGCCUCGCGGCCUGACUCAUCUAAGAAAAUGAGCCGCAACGGGAGCUCGCAGGGCGGGCGGAACGGAGAGAACAGCGCGGCAGCGCAGGCCAUCCCCAGCCCGAAGCACAUCCCAUGGCUAGAGACGGGCGAGGGCACGAACAAGGCGUACAUGAAGGCUCGCGGCGAAGCGCACAGGCACGGCGCACUUAGGAACAAGUUCCUGCAAAAUGCUGCGCAGGCGUGGAACCGUCAAGAUGCACGGCAGGCCAAGGUGUUCAGCCUCCGAGGGCAGAGCGAGAACGACCUGAUGCGGAGAUACCACCGCGAGGCGGCAGACAAGCUAUACGAGGAGCGCAAUAAGAGCAGCUCGUCGAGCAACGAGAUCUACGUAGACCUGCACGGGCUUCAUACGGAGGAGGCGGUGGAGUACCUGGAGCGAGUGCUGCUGGAGAACGAGCACGAUAACAGGCCGGUGUACGCCAUCACGGGAACAGGCCACCACAGCAAGAACGGUAAGGACAAGGUGGGCAAGGCUGUGCGCAGCUUCCUGAGCGAGUGGCGGUAUGCUUUCCGGGAGUUCUCGGUGCCGGGAGACCGCAACAGCAUGGGCGGGAUCCUAGGGAUCGACGCGCGGAGCUACGACAGGAGCCUGCUGAAGACGCGGAGGGAUGAGCCCAAGGAGGCGGUCGAUAUCUUGUCGCAGGGAGUGGAGAUAGGAGAGGGCAAGGUGAAGCUUCUGGUGCGUGAUACUACAAUCGGUAAAGAGCCUCCUAAGGGGCCUAGAGGGAGUCGGUGA